UACAAACGCUUAUGCUAUUACAGCAGCUUCACGUAGUGGGUGACGAGUGGUGAAGAGUGGGUUUGAUUUGCCCCUGCAUCACUCAAAAGUUGCAUUCAAAGUGGAAGGAGGACAGUAUCAGGACGCCUGCAUUCCGCAGGCCCUUCUUCUUGUGCAACUCGUUGAGAAGGAACUCUGAUGGACAGCUCUGAUUCUGCGCCUGGCGGGAGUGUGCCGGCGGGAAUCAAUGUGAUUGACGGAGUACGGAGCUCAAGGAAGAUCACGCACAUUAUCCUGGACCUUGAUGGCACGCUACUCGAUACAGAGGCCGUGGUGCAACAAGUGGUGAAAGAGAUCUUGGAAAGAGACUAUAGGAAGGAGUACGAUCCAGCGGGUGUGGAGAAGAGACUGGGACUGCGGCCAAUCGAGGGCUACCAACACGUUGUGGACGACUAUGGCUUGCCCUGCACGGCACAGGAGUUCAUGGACAAGACGAUACCGAUGAUGAAGCAAAGGUACCCCUCGAUCCCGCAGCUCCCUGGGGCAGGCCGGUUACUAACUUACAUAAAGCGGCACCGGAUACCUGUGGCUCUGGCGAGCUCCUCUUUGAGAAUGAGUAUGCAGUUGAAAGUGGGGGCUCACGAAGGCUGGCCGGAAAUCCUUGCCGUCAGUGUUGCAGGGGAGGAGGUCGUCAACGGAAAACCAGCGCCCGACAUUUUCUUAAAAGCCGCCGAGUUGCUGAAGGCUCCGCCGGAGUCCUGCCUCGUUAUCGAAGAUGCGCCUGCCGGGGUGCAAGCGGGAAAAGCAGCAGGGAUGGUCGUGCUCGCGGUCCCGUCGCUACCCAAGAAGAAACACCGGCCGUUGUACGAGGCAGCGGAUGCGAUCGUGGCCUCGCUCCUCGACUUCCGCCCGGAAGAGUUCGGGCUACCACCGUUUGACGAUUACAUUUGCGACGCGUUGCCUAUCGAGCCGUGGUACCUGGGAGGCCCGGUCAUCAAGGGUUUCGGGCGCGGCUCCAAAGUGUUGGGCAUCCCGACAGCGAAUUUGCCGACGUCAUCGUUCCAGGACAAGAUGGCGGAGCACACGUGCGGCAUUUACUUGGGCUGGGCCGGCCUUCGUGGCAAGGUCUACAAGAUGGUCAUGAGCGUUGGCUGGAACCCGUACUUCGACAACGACUCCAAGACAGUCGAGCCGUGGCUGUUGCACGAGUUCGAGGACGACUUUUACGACGAGGAGUUGCGGCUAGUGGUUGUGGGGUACAUCCGACCAGAGGCGAACUUUCCCUCGCUGGAUGCUCUUGUCAAGAGAAUACGCGAAGACGGCCGCAUCGCAAAGAACGCUCUGGAGCAUUCUCCGUACGCUGAGUAUGGACAAGAUGCCUAUCUAACGACCCCGUUGGCCGAGAACGGCGUGCAAAGCAGCUGAUUGGCCGGCCUUUUCGAUGUAUAUUAUAUGCCUCUCCUGAGUUGACUCCUAGCUUGCACGCUCCUUCUACACAGUGGGUUGGGAUUUGCUGUCAAGGACUUUCAUGGCUUGAGCAAUCGAACUCGGUAGCCAUUGACGGCAAGCUUAGCGUGCGAGCACCGAUAUUAUACAGUAUACUUGAUCUCGAGCCAGCAUACUCCAUAGGUUUGAACCUUACGACACUUGAUGUUGUAGAAGAGUGACAGAGAGAUGACGAUAAUGACAAAUCGUGCGCGGCGCUGGGGCGGCCAUCAAUAACGUCAGCAUGGUGCACUGAGUUUCAUCCGAUCUGAAAAUUGAAU